AUGGCGUCAAGGUACAAAGACAAAGACGGCGGCGUCGCGCUGGUCUUCAAUGGCCAAUGGAUCAGCUACCUACACACUGCUACAGCUUACACUGCCUUCAUCAGCGCAUUCAUCGUAGGCGUCUCAUUGCACUACCACAAGAUUGUCCAAAAUGAGUGGUACGGCUACCCCGACGAGUGGUUCCCCUCCGUUUCCGCGACAAUUGGCGACCGUUACCCCGAGCGGUCCUUCUUCAUGUUCUUCAUCGCAAUCACCUCGGGCCCGCGAUUCGCACUCGUCGGAUUGUGGUAUCUCUUGACGCGGAGACCCGGACAGACACUGCCAAAGUUUACCCUGGCGAUGGGCAUUUUGCGCACAUGCAUGUGCGGUGGCUUCACCUACGUCACUUCGACCGACGACCACGACUGGCACGACAUCUUCAUGAUCUCCUACAUUGUCGCAUCCCUCCCGUGGACAAUUGGAUGCGUCAUGCUGAGCCCGCCGAACCCCCAGGCCAUCAAGUACCGCAAGCUGAUUGCCAGCUCCUUCUUUGGUACUCUGGUGCCCUUGAUCUACUUCUUCAUCCAGCACAAAGUCCACCGCGUGGCGGGAGCUUACACGAUCUACGCCUUCUUCGAAUGGGCCCUCAUCCUCUUCGACGUUGCCUUUGACGCUGUGACGGCUCUCGACUUCAACACGUUCGAAGUGGUGAUCAAGGAUGUCAAGGGAGCAAGUAAGGGGAAGGAAAAGGCGAGCGCAAACCUGUUGACUGGCCGAUUCACCUGGACCGAAGCUCUCGACACCGCCGCCGAUGUCUACCACGGCUUCAUCUUUUGGUCCAUGUUGACCAGCUUGGGAGUCUUGGUUUGGUACUUCCCCCUAUGGCACAUGGGCAUCUCUGGCUACGAGGCCUUUGUCAUGUCAACCAUCUUGCCUGCCAUCUUGGGCAUUCGCAGUGUUCGCUCCCUUGUCGUCAACAACCAGCGCGCUAUCCACCUCGUCUCGCUGGUCGGACUGCUUGCUUACCAGGUUCUUGACCCUGCCUACCGUCUCUUCACCGUCGGCUUCGCCGUGGCUACGUCCUGCCUCGGCUGGACUGCUGCCUUCUGGUCCGAGAGAGCCCACCAGAGCCGUCUAGAAUCCAGAAUCAUGGCCUGGACUCUUGGCCUCGUCGCCUCUUCUACGGCCAAGUUCAUGUGGUGGACCAAUAACCCGCUUUGGCCUGUUAUGCACGCUGCCAAUGGAGGAUGGAACGCGACUGGCUUCGCCAUUGCUGUUUUAGCUGCUCUGCGGUUCACUCGGAGGGCACCUCUUACUAGCGGCGAUAUCCCGGAAGACUCCAAGAAGGGUGGUUCCUCGGUCCUCGCUGCCUUUGGCGUUGGCGGCCUGUUCUUCGGUAUUCACUCUUUGCUCUCAGAUACCAGCACCAUGAUCCUCUGGGUUUGGGACGGCUACCCGAUCCGGGGACCUACUGCCAACACCUACGGCUGGAUGACUAUUGUCGCAAUGACUGCUGGUCUCUUGGUCGGCCUCUACCGUCCCUCUGUGAUGAGCUCGUGGACCGCCUACGGCGUUGGCUGCGUCGGUGCGGCCGUCUUGACCUCAUACCACCACUGGUUCGGGUACUAUGGUGCUCUCACCACGGCCUUCUACCUAAUGGGUCUGUCUGUGCCUUUCCUUUCUACCGCCGCCAAGAGAAGCCCUGGCACGACAUUCGGUCUCGGAUUCUUCAUCUACAACUUCAUGGUGCUGUUCCACGUCUGGGUCGUCGCCUACGCAUUUGUCCCUGGUGGCCCCCUUGUUCGUGAGCACACUGAUUGGGUCAUGAUGACCACAUUCAUCCUCAUCGGAGCCGGUGUCUUCGGCCUCACCUCCUCGCAGGCCCGCCGCCGCGAUACCCGCCGUGCAUCCCCGUCGCAGCACAAGAAGUACAACACCAUCGCAGCCGCCUUUAUCAACAUCGUCUUCCUGGCCGCCGCCUUCAUGCGCUUCCCUACCAAUGACUACAAGCCGUACCACCCUGAAGACCGCAUCAUGACGGCCGGUAUCUGGACCAUUCACUUCUCCCUCGACAAUGACAUGUGGUCUUCCGAGUACCGCAUGCGCGACCUUAUCAAGGAGCUCGAGCUGGACGUGGUAGGUCUGCUCGAAUCCGACCUGCAGCGCAUCAUCAUGGGCAACCGCGACACCACGCAAUUCCUUGCCGAGGACCUUGGAAUGUACGUCGACUACGGCCCAGGCCCCAACAAGCACACCUGGGGCUCCGCGCUGCUCUCCAAAUUCCCGAUUCUCAAGUCGACCCACCACCUGCUCCCCAGUCCCGUGGGCGAGCUCGCGCCCGCCAUCGCCGCCACCCUCGACGUCUACGGCCAAGAGGUCGACGUCUUCGUGUUCCACUCCGGACAGGAAGAGGACCCCGAAGACCGCCGUCUGCAGACCGAGUAUCUCUCCAAGCUCAUGGGCGAAUCAAAGAACCCCUCCGUCCUGCUGUCCUACCUCGUCACCAAGCCCUUACAAGGCAACUACAACACCUACGUCAGCAGCACAUCCGGCAUGCACGACGUCGACCCGACCGACUGGGACCGGUGGUGCGAGUACAUCCUCUACAAGGGCCUCAAGCGCACUGGCUACGCGCGCGUCAGCCGCAGCACCAUCACCGACACGGAGCUGCAGGUGGCCAAGUUUGUCAUCCCGCAAUCCAAGGACGAGGCGCUGCAGAUUGAGGCGGUGGACGACAACACGCGGAAUAAGCGCGUCACGGAGGAGGAGGUGCCGCAGGGCUGGCGGUUCCCGGCCAUGUUCCGCGGCCAGGGCGUGCGGGAUCACCGGUACCACGUCUUUAACGAGCCGAGGUACUACAAUCAUUGA